AUGACUUAUUACUCAAUAGGCGCCAACCGGCAGACAGCCGCUUCUGACUGGGCUGACUGCUACGGCGGUGUCGUGGCAUUCGGAGCAGAUGUCAACCUCGCUCUAUGGCGCCCGACAGACCAGAAAGUCUGGCACCCCAGGACACCCGGGCACAAGGGACUGGUCAAGGCUGUCAAGUUCCUGCCGGCAAGGCCGAGCGAUCAGUCUUCUUACAUAGUCAGCGGCGGCGAUGACAAGUGCGUCAAGCUGUGGCGGCUCGACCAUGCCAGCGGGGAGGUUGACGUCGUCCAGGCCGUUGAGGACCACACAGCCGCGGUAAACUGCAUCGCGUCCUUGAAGGCAGGCUGGACUGGAGGAACUGAAGCAGGGUCACUCCUUGUCACCGGAGCGGCCGAUGCGACAGUCAAGGUCUGGACGUUCAACGGUGCAGAGAUCAGGGUCCUGCAGACCAUCCACCUGUCACCCAAGUACCUUCCCUUGGCCCUCGCCGUGAGCCCGCUUGGGAAUGACGGCAGUACAUACAUGAUCGCAUCGGCCGGGACCAAGGACAUCAUCCAGAUAUUCACCGGCACGUUCAGCCAGGACAUCUCCGACUUCCGCCUCCAGGCGACCCUGUCCGGCCACGAGGGCUGGAUACGCUCCCUCGACAUCACCCCUGAGACGCCCGACGGCCCAGACGGCGACCUCCUCCUCGCCUCGGCCAGCCAGGACAAGUACGUGCGGCUCUGGCGCGUCCACCAGGGCAAGGACCUCCCCGCCCAGGCGGCCACCGCGUCGGACCCCACCGUCGGCGCGUACCUGCCCGGGAGGUCGCCGAGCAACAAGGCGUACCGGUUCCGGGCCCAGGACGAGGCCGACUACUCCGCCACCUUCGAGGCGCUGCUCUUCAACCACGACGACUGGAUCUACAGCGCCCGGUGGAGCCGCAGCGGGCAGGGGAGCCUGCGGCUCCUGUCUGCCUCGGCGGACAACUCCCUCGUCAUCUGGGAGUGCGACCCGACCUCGGGCAUCUGGGUGCCCGACGUGCGGCUGGGCGAGAUAUCGCGGGAGAAGGGCGCCACCACGGCCACUGGCAGCAUCGGCGGCUUCUGGACGGGCCUGUGGUCCCCAGACGGCUCGUCCAUCCUCACCCUCGGGCGCACGGGCUCCUGGCGCCGCUGGGACUGGGACGGCGGCAGCUCCGCCUGGGAGCAAGGGGUCGCCGUGUCGGGCCACACCAGGGCCGUCACGGGGCUGUCGUGGUCCCCCUCGGGCGACUACCUGCUCUCCACCGGCUCGGACCAGACGACGCGCCUGCACGCGCGGUGGGCCGAGGACGGCCGCUGGUACGAGAUGGCGCGCCCGCAGAUCCACGGGUACGACCUGAACUGCGUCGACACGCUGGGCGAGUCGCUCUUCGUGUCCGGUGCCGACGAGAAACUCAUGCGCGUCUUCAAGAAGCCCAGGGCCGUGGCCAAGAUGCUGCGCGCCGUGGCGGGCAUCGGCCCCGCCCAAGAGGACGGGGACGGGACAGCAGACGACAGCCUGCCCGAGUCGGCCAACAUGCCGGUGCUGGGCCUCUCCAACAAGGCGACCGUCGAGGCCGAGGACGACGAUGCCGCCGCCGAGGAGGCCAAGGCAGUGAAUCCAGAGAUGGACCGCGGCGCCGUCGACCCGGCGAGCAUCGUCGAGAAGCUGUACGGGCACGGCUACGAGAUCAGCUGCCUGGCGGCGAGCCACGACGGGGCGCUGGUGGCCAGCGCCUGCAGGGCGUCGUCGCUCAACCACGCCGUCAUCCGCAUCUUCGAGACGGCCCGGUGGACCGAGCUGCGGCCGCCGCUUGCCGUGCACACCUCGACCGUCUUCCGGCUGCGCUUCAGCGCCGACGACCGGUUCCUGCUGAGCGUCGGCAAGGACCGGCGGUGGGCUGUCUUCCAGAGGACGGGCGGGGGGGAGGAGGAGCCCUCGAAGGAGGGUGGUGGCGGUGGCGGUGGUGGCAUGUGCUACGAGGAGUUCCAGACCGACGACAAGGGCCACAAGAGGAUGGUCCUCGACGCGGCCUGGGGGCCACUGAUGCCGGACGUCCCCGGCAGGAGGAUCUUCGCCACGGCCAGCAGGGACAAGACCUUCAUUGUGUGGGCCACGGCGAAGAGCGGCAUCGAGACGACAGAGGCCGGAGAAGUGGCAGGCAAGUUCCACAAGCUGCAGAGUGUGUCCCUGGAAGACCCCAUCACGGCCAUCGACUUCUUGCCCCGGCCAUACCAGGGGAAGUAUGCGGUGCUGGCCGUCGGCACCGAGAAGGGACACGUCCGCACAUAUCUCUGGGACGUCCUCGAAGGCUCCGGGGUACCAUUUCCGCCGAAGCCUUCGGGCGAGCGCCUGACUCUACUCGAACUCGCCAAGCCCAUCCGGCAACUCGCAUGGCGGCCCGGCCACGAGGAGACGGCCGAGCUCGCGGUGGCAGGCGAGGACGGCUCGGUGAGGAUCUGUACCAUAGAUGUCAAAAUACCGCAGGGGACCUGA